AUCCGAAUACAAUCAUAAAUAAAUGGGGUGGGUCUGUUUGUAGUGCUUUUUCUAAUUAAGCUUUCAUGCUAUGGAAAACGUAUUGUACAUCCACAUAUUGUUUUUCAUUUCUUUACUUUUUUUGGGUGGUGUUGGUUCUAUACGCAUAGACCAUAUAUUUUAAUGCCACCCUUCCAUGUAAGAAAGAGGUGGUCUUUGAUGAAUCUGUCAUUUUCAGAGCCAUAUAUUUUUCUUUCUUGAUUAAAACAUCAUAAUAUAUCUAUCUAUCUUGUUUCGAAUCAUCAUCAUCACUCAUCAAUAUUUUAUUAUAAUUGCACAAAAAUGUGUCAUCAUUUGUUAUUUCUUGUAAGAAGAUUAGUUAAGAAAUAAAGAGCCAUUUUGCUUUUGAUUCUCGAAUGGGGGAUUUGAUUGGUCCAAGGUUGUACAGUUGCUACAAUUGCAGAAACCAUGUUGCUCUUCAUGAUGAUAUCGUUUCUAAAGAGUUUCAGUCACAAAAGGGAAGAGCGUAUCUAUUUUCACACGCAGUGAAUGUGUUUACGGGAAGGAAAGAAGACAGGCAGCUGAUGACAGGUAUGCACACGGUGGCAGACAUAAACUGCAGGGAUUGCAAGCAGGUUUUGGGUUGGAUGUAUGUCAAAGCCUACGAGGAUUCUCAAAAGUACAAGGAAGGUAAAGUCGUGCUCGAAAAGUAUAAGAUUAUCAGAGAAAAUUAAAUCAUCUGCUGUGUGAGUGUGAUGGAUAAAGAUUUGAGUUUGUAUGAUGGAUGUACAAGUAGAGAGAAGAAAGGGAUGCUUGCUUCUUACAAAGAUGUCAACUCUUAAAUGUUAUCUAUCUUCUGUUGUGUAUUGUAAACUUGUUGAAUAACAACUAGUAAUUGUAACCGUGCGAUGCACGGGACAACAAAUUGCAUUGUCUUGAUGUUGUAAGAAUAAUGUAUUCGUAUGAUUAAAA